CAAAGUUACUUGCUAAGUAUGUAUUCACCGAUCCGAGCCACCAAACUUUGAAGGAAAGCAAAAACAAGAACAAAACAAAGAAAGCAAAACUCAGAUGAUUAAUGUGGACAUUUCUUUUUCAGGUAUGGCGACCCAACAGGCCGGAACCGAAUAGGAGUUCAUCCUUGUAAGAAAAAGAAAUGAAAAAAAGAUGUGCCAGUGGGCUGGGUUUGAUUUUGCUUCUUUCUGACUCAUUCCUAUUGUGCAUGCAUGUAUGCGUAGUUGCCUUCUUGGCGGGUUAUCAGGCACCCUACGUUUGUUAUUUACGUAGGGUUGUACGGGAGUAUUUGCUGGUAUGUUGGGUCGGUGUAUUGUGUUUUUCACUGGUUUGGUUUUGUUAUGUUUGUUGUCGUUUUGGUUUAGGAUGUAAGUAGCUAUAUUGAGGGUAAAUAUAGCCAGGUAGAUGAGGUGAGCGAGUGGUAUAUUU